CAUAUCAUUCAUUAUAAUGUAAAUAUAUUUAUAACAGCAUGUCAGUUUUAUACGUAUAAUUUAGGGAUGAAAUAGUACAUUUUAUCUAUUUUAUAUAAACUUGACAUGCUCUUUGAUAGUGUGGAAUUGCAGGUCAACAUAAAUUUCUUACUAGAAUAACGUACAAAUAAAGUUGCAGGAGGUGCAACUCUCAGACGAUCAUAAUUUGCCCUUUCAUUUACUACAAACACCAAAUCUGGCCGCUGCAAUCUUGCAAAACAAAACCAGCACAAAAAUCCCAUCUUGGUGACAAUUUUUUCCCACUUUCAAUGGACUCCAAAUGUCAAUUUCCAUGAGAAAUCUUGAAAAAGUUUCAAUCUUUAAACCUUCUGCACGCUCAAUUCCCCUACUCAACUUCAGUGGCCAACUCUUCCAUGAUGGCCAACACCAAGCUUCCAGCCUUCAUGGAAGAUUUAGAAGAGGAGAGAAAACAGCCUUCUUUCUUGUUGGUAGCUCUUUGCCCUUGUCUCGUUUGUUUCAUUCUUUUGCUUAUUGUACUAUCCGUCUUUCUUAUUGUCAAGUUUCAUCUCUUUUGCCACACCCCACUUCACUCUUUACUUUUCAAGAAAAGUUGCCAUUGAGUCUUUUGCCAAAAGGGUGUUUUUAUUUUACACAUAUUCAUCCAGAUGUUAAGUGUUUGGAGUUGAAUUCUAGGCAAGAGAAGUUGGCAUUCAGUAAUCCCAGAAAGAUUUGGCCUUUUUCAUCAAAAGGGUGUUUUUAUUUUACUGGUAUUAAUCCAAAUGGGAAGUUUCUGGAGUUGAGUUGUAGGGGAUAUUGUAGUUGUGUAGACGAUAAUGGUGAAUUAGAAAGUGAUAAUGAUGUUGAAAGUGAGAGUGAUGAGAGGGUGGAGUCGAAGGCGGAUCCUAAAGAGGUGGAUAGGGUGUGUAAGGUUGUUGAUGAAUUGUUUUCGUUAGAUCGGAAUAUGGAGGCUGUUUUGGAUGAAUGUGGGGUCAACUUAAGCCACGAUUUGGUAGUAGAUGUGUUGGAGAGGUUCAAGCAUGCUAGAAAGCCAGCAUUCAGAUUCUUUUGUUGGGUGGCGCAGAGGCCAGGUUAUGCUCAUGAUUCAAGAACUUAUAAUGCAAUGAUGUCAAUACUUGGAAAGACGAGGCAGUUUGAGACUAUGGUCUCGGUUCUUGAAGAAAUGGGGGAGAAAGGUUUGCUUACAAUGGAGACAUUUUUGAUCUCCAUGAAAGCAUUUGCUGCAGCAAAAGAGCGGAAGAAAGCCAUUGGGAUGUUUGAGUUGAUGAAGAAGUACAAGUUUAAAGUUGGGGUGGAGACAAUCAAUUGUUUACUUGAUGCCUUGGGAAGGGCAAAGCUUGGGAAAGAAGCACAGUUGAUGUUUGAGAAAUUGGAACACAGAUUUACACCAAAUUUACAAACAUAUACGGUUUUGCUCAAUGGUUGGUGUAGGGUAAAGAAUCUGAUGGAUGCUGGUAAAGUGUGGAAUGAGAUGAUUGAUAAGGGUUUUAAGCCUGAUAUUGUCGCCCACAACACGAUGCUGGAAGGACUGUUAAAGUGUAAAAAAAGGUCUGAUGCAAUCAAGCUGUUUGAGGUUAUGAAAGCAAAGGGUCCGUUACCUAAUACAAGAAGCUAUACAAUCUUGGUAAGGGAUUUGUGUAAGCAGGGUAAGAUGAAUGAAGCAGUUGCCGGCUUUGAGGAAAUGCUUAGUUCCGGAUGUGAAGCAGAUGCUGCAACUUUUACCUGUUUGGUAACAGGCUUUGGAAAUCAAAAGAGGAUGGAUAAAGUUUUUGCAUUGCUGAGGGAGAUGAAGGAAAAGGGAUACCCACCUGACGCACGACUGUAUAAUGCACUGAUCAAAUUAAUAAUAAAUCGAAGAAUGCCAGAUGAUGCGGUUGUUUUAUAUAAAAAGAUGAUCCGGAAUGGAAUUCAACCAACUAUUCACACUUAUAAUAUGUUGAUGAAAUCAUUCUUCAUUACAAAGAACUAUGACAUAGCUCACGCAACUUGGGAGGAAAUGAGACUGCGGGGUUGCUGUCCUGAUGAGAAUUCUUACACUGUCUUCAUUGGAGGGCUUAUACGGCAGGGACGAUCUAUGGAGGCUUGUAAAUACUUGGAGGAAAUGAUAGAUAAAGGCAUGAAAGCACCUCAACUUGACUACAAUAAAUUCGCGGCCGAUUUUUCUCGGGCUGGUAGACCUGAUAUACUGGACGAGCUGGCUAAGAGGAUGAAGUUCUCUGGGAAGUUUGAGGUGUCAAGUCUCUUUGCUAGGCACGCUGAGAUAUUGAAGAGUAGAUUAAAACGCAGGGAUCCCAGCUGAUUUGCAAUGCGAAUAAAUUCUCUCUCCUGGCCGUGGUAUUUUAUGUUCUCGAUAAUGCAGAUGAGAGGAUCACUUAAUCAACCAGUAGCAACUUUGACUAUUAUCAAUGACAAAAGGAGCGUCACUAUUUGUUCUCAGAAUAUCAUGCAAGGUCUGAAUAUGAAAACUGAUUCUUAUUCCAGCUGUAAAUUCCUCGUCAUUGAACAUCUUGUAUUUCGUAUGUUUACCUGGUCAAUCAUUUGUCCUUUUGGCAUUCA